GUUUGUGUGGGCGUUGCGCAUGCGUCAGAAAUGAAGAUGACAACUCUGCAACACUAGACUGGAAUUAAUAUUUAGAAAGCAUCUAAAAUUUCGACAUUUCUCGAUCUUUGAACGAAAAGUAUGUUGGAACCUAGCUCUAGUGAGGAGGAUAAUCCCGAUGUGCAAGAUGAAGAAGAAAUUGAACAGAAACCCAGUUCAGGCAUCCCAGGGACGACAAACGUUGAUUCCAUUAGUCAAUCUGGUCACGCUCAACAAUUCGAUCGAUGUUUUUUAGCAAAUCGAGGUUCUCCAAAAUAUAAUAGGAGACCCAGACCUGAAGCAGAUUCGGCUCCGUCGCCUAGAUUUGAUAGAAAAUCUGAACCAAGCUAUAGAAGGCCCGCGUCGGGGUCGAGCUCGUCUCAAAGGGCCCCUUCGCCGAGUCCCUCGCUUGUCUCCGAAAGAGAAGAGGCCGCCGAAGAGCAAAGGCAAAAGGAGGAGGAGAAUAGGCGUCGAAAAAUGCAGCUUUACGUUUUUGUUCUAAGGUGCAUUGCCUACCCAUUUAAUGCAAAACAACCUACCGAUAUGGCUAGACGUCAGUUAAAAGUCAACAAGGAACAACUUAAGGUCAUCAAAGAGAGAUUUAACGCCUUUUUAAAUUCGGAAACCAAAGUCUCAACUGAUGCUGCUCUUCAGAAUGCUAUUAAGAAUUACACCGAAGUAUUUCUGAAAUCUGAUAGGCUAGCCUGUAUGGUAGAUGGAGGAGGAUGUAGUUCUAAUGAUUUUAGAGAAGUUUUUCGGCAAAGUAUCGAAAGAAGACUUAGAAAUAUGCCGGAUUUGGAAGGAUUACCUAAAGAAACUGUUAUUGCUAACUGGAUGAGUAAAUUCGAUCAGAUUUACAGAGGAGAGGAAGAUCAAAGAAAACAAUCUAGAUAUUCCAAUAACUCGGAAGUAAUUAUGGCAAAGGAACAGCUUUACGACAUGUUUCAAAGGAUAUUGGACAUAAAAAAAUAUGAACAUCAAAUUUUACACAAUGAUAUGCAGUUGGAUAAUGGAGACGAACAAGCAUCUCAAGUCCGACGAGAGCUCGAUAGUCGUUUGCAGCACGCCGAACAAAUGUCGAGAGCUAGAAAGUAUCCCAAGUUUGUUGUCAAGGACAUGGAAAGUUUGUACGUGGAGGAGUUGAAGUCUUCCAUAAACUUAUUAAUGGCUAAUCUCGAGUCGCUUCCUGUCGCCAAAGGCGGUGCUGAUUCCAAAUAUUCAUUGCAUAAAUUAAAGCGUUACAGCCGAAAUGCUCAACCCAAUCAGUUACCAGGUCAGAUAGAUCCCGCUCUUGACGACAACGAUCCUUUAAGCAAGUCGGCUUUACAAUUGAAUUUCACUGUCGACGUACAUAUUUAUGAAUUAAGAAAUGCCAAAUCUUGCCUGCAAAAAUUUUCUGCUAAUCGAAUAAUUUACUGCGUAAUGGAAGUAGAAGGUUCUAAAAAUGAUAAGCAACAAACUCACUUUCUAGAUUUGAACACACCAAAAUGGGAUGUUUGGGGAACAUUUACAACGAAUCAACCUUUACCUACAGUAAAAAUCAGGCUCUUUCUAGAGAAUUCUAAAACAUUGGCAUUGAAUGACGAAUUACUGAGCAAGCUAAUUCUUGAACCUAGACCUAUGCAUCCGGAGUGGAAUACUGGAGCUCACAAACCCAGGAAAAUGGAAAGAGUUUCCCGUAAUAUUCCUGAAAAUAAUGUUCCAAUAUUGAGUUGUGGAGUUCGAAUGACCAAACCGGAUGCCAUGAAACAAUGUGGUUAUUUGUAUGCUAUGGGGAAAACAAUUUGGAAGAAAUGGAAGAAAAGAUUCUUCGUACUACAUAAAGUAUCCAAUUACAUUUUUGCAUUAUGCAGUUAUAGACCGAAAAAGAGUGAACCUCAAGAGACCUUACAGUUGGAUAAUUACGUCGUAGAUUAUACAGAAAAUGUGGGUGAAUUUCAGGGUGGAAAUUGCUUUUUUACCAUUGCAAAAAUUGGUGAAUCAGUUACAUUCGCGUCUGAAGAUGAACAAGAAAGAGCAGCUUGGAUUCAAGCUAUUUUUAGGGCGACUGGUCAAAAAGAUAAGCCACAGGCGCCAAAGGACACUCAAUUAUUACCAAGUCUUGGAGCCUCAAAGCAGACAACAGACAAGGCCAGAAAACAUGGAUUGGAUGAAUUCUUACAAGCCAGCCCUUGCAAAUUCGAUCACGCUCUACUCUUCCAAACUUUACAGUCACUUACAUUGGAAUAUCGAUUAAAUGAUGUUUAUACUAGCUUGGGAUGGUUUUCCCCCGGCCAAGUUUUCGUUCUGGACGAAUAUUGUGCAAGAUACGGUGUCAGAGGUUGCUGGCGACAUUUAUGCUAUCUAAAUGAUUUGCUGGUGAAAGCCGAGAACGGAGUUAUGAUCGACCCUACCCUCAUGCAUUAUUCAUUUGCCUUUUGCGCUAGCCACGUCCACGGAAAUCGUCCGGACGGUAUUGGUACAAUUACUCAAGUUGAACAACAUAAAUUCCAAGGAAUUAAGCAAAAACUUAAGGAUUUGUUGGAGUACCAAAUUACUAAUUUCCGAUAUUGCUUCCCAUUCGGCAGGCCGGAAGGGGCAUUAAAAGCUACAUUAUCGCUCCUGGAAAGAGUAUUAAUGAAAGAUAUUGUAACGCCCGUACCUCCUGAAGAGGUUCGAGCUACCAUAAAAAGGUGCCUAGAGCAAGCUGCUCUGAUUAAUUACACUAAAAUAUCGGAGUUUGCUAAAAUGGAAGAUGCUUACGGUGAAGACGAUCAAGAUCCGAAAAAGAAGCUUGAAGAUUUAAUUCGGUUAGCGGAAUUGUGUAUUGAAGUCUUACAACAAAAUGAGGAAUACCAUGCAGAGGCAUUUAGAACGGAUCAUAGAAAGGCUUUUGCUUGGUUCAGCGACCUACUUGUGGAGCAUGCUGAAAAAUUCUGGCAAUUGUUUUCCGUUGAUAUGAACGACGUUUUGGAACGCCAGCUUCCCGAUACGUGGGACUCGUUCCCUCUCUUUCAAUUGUUGAACGAUUACCUCCGAUUGGACGAGAACUUGGCACACGGACGCUUUCAUAAUCAUAUUCGAGAUGUUUUCGCACCGCAAGUGGUUAGAUACGUCGAUUUAAUGGAAAGUUCCAUAGCUCAAUCAAUUCACAAAGGAUUCGAAAAAGAGAGCUGGAAACCUCAAAAAAAUGGAUGCGCCACGUCUGAGGAUAUGCUGUGGAAAUUAGGAGCCCUGCAGAUGUUUAUUAAGGAUCUGCAUUGGCCAGAGGAAGUUUUUGCCGAACACUUGGAUCACAGACUGAAAUUAAUGGCAGCUGAUAUGAUUGAAGCGGCAGCGACGAGAACGCAUCAUAGUUUCGAGGUAACUAUGAAAAGAGGCUCCAAGGGAACUGAUUUUAUAGUACCAACCGAAGUUUGCGUUAUGAUGAAUUCCAUUACGGAUUUUAAGAAUUGCGCUUUGAAAUUGUGCGCUCUAGAGAGUGGCGUCGAUAUGAGGCAAUAUCAUACGAAGAGCGACGAAUACUUGGAAAAAGUUCAAAGCUUUAUGGUUAACACCGUUGUUGAUCGUCUACUGGGCGUAAUGAUUACCACACUACAAAAAUUGGCUAGAUAUGACGAAGGCAGCCUCCUUUCAUCAUUCUUAUCUUUAACAAAACCUGUAGAUGAAUUAGGUAGAGAGUACGUUAAUUUUAUGAGGAGCAACGUUGAGCAGAUAAGGCAUAAAAUUGUUGACGAACUUUACAUCCUAGGAAUAUAUGAGAGUUGGUAUACUGGACAAAUGAAGUUGAUGAAUGAUUGGUUAAACGAAAGAAAUAAUCAUAAUUUGCAUCCGUAUCAAUUAAAGUGUCUUGGCAACAUGAAUAGGAAAUGUUAUAACGAAUAUGAAUUACAAGGUGUCUUAGAAACUGUAUUGAAGUGCAAAGAUUAUGAAAGUAUUUGCAAACGUCUUCAGGUAACAACAGAAUCAGAAUUAAUUUUUCGUCUUUUAUUCCUUUAUUCUUUUAUUACGUAAUAGUAAGUUGUAAAAAACACGUAGGAUGAAAAGAAAAUAGAGAAGAAAAUUAGAUUUAGGACUCGAAAGUUGUACAAUCAAACGCUGUUUUAUCUAUUUAUUCUCCUAUAUGGGGUAGAACUAUAGCGACUACUUUUCUUCCAUAUAUAUUGUUAUAACGAUCUCAAAUAGUUUGGUUUCUAUUUUCAAUAAGAAUAUUAACCGUAACUCAAAAGUAAAACAGACUCCUUUCACUCUCUCUCACUCUCUUGUUUCUAUUGUUCAUUUAGUCAUUCUACGUAGAAUCCGAUCAAAGUCUAAAGGUUUAAGUAUCAUUUUUAUAGGAAAUACCUCAACUUAGUUAUUUAUAUCUUUGAAUUUGUUAUCGAGACUUAUCGACCCUUAUGAAUUAGCUGAAUACUUAAAAAAAUAUCAUACCCAGUACACUAGGUGAAUAAAUUCGCGUAAUCUUAUUAUUUCCUACGUAUUAGUCAUAGUAAGCUUUUUCGUACGCUAUUUAUUUUCCUUUUAAUCAUUAAUUAAUGAAUAACUCAACAAAUAAAUCAAUAGGUAAUAAAUUAAUUAAUUAAUCAAUUAACUACAAGAUAAAUAAGACUAUUUUGUUGUUCUAUUUAUUAUUACUAUUAUUGUUAUUUUGUUGCUUGUUUUAUUCACGAUCGUAAACGACAGGCCGAAUCAUUUUACUCGGGUAUUGACAUUACCUCAGAAACAGAAUCUGAAUCCGAGUUAGAGAGCGGUUGGUAAACUGUAUAUACUGUAUCUAUAUAUAUAUAUAUAUAUUUAUAUACUGUAUUAGUACAACUAACUACGGUACAUGUAUAUAGAUAUAUUGAAUGAGAGAAAAAAGAAAAUAUUAUCUAUAUUACUUAUUAGGCUAUGGCUCGUUCUGUGCUUAAAAGAAAAAAAGAGCAAAUAUAAGAUUUCUCUUUCACCUUUGAAGAGGUUACUUUAAUUUCUAUAGAACGCUUUAAGAACUACUUAAGUACUUGUAUAUAUACCUGUAAAUGUAUAUAUAUAUAAACGUACACCCAUUAUACAAGUACCUGGUUGCAUGUCUGCAAAUAAAUCCUCUUUCUUUGUUUUAUACUCUGUUCUUUAUGCUUUUAAUUGGCGGGUUAAAAUACCUCUUAGGUCUAUCUAUUUCUUAUUAAUUAGCAGAAGAAAACAUGAAAAGAAAAGAAAAAUAAAGGCGAAUAGAAAUAAUGUGUAGAGGAGGAGAAUGACAUUUUUAACUUGGUACUUCUCUACGCCAGUUUCCUUUUUACUUUGAUUUUUCUUUUCUUUUUUCAUCAAUUCCGUCUGCGGGAUUACAUAUACGUUGAGAGCUUUUAAAAGCCAAUGAAAUUUAAUAGUUGGCUUCAAGUUCUAUUUGUUAUAUUGCCGAAACUAAUGCCUUUUUUUGUACCCUUGCAGCUGGAGGAAGCGACUCAUGAAAUGACAAUGGAAUCUUCUAGCAGUGCUUCGAAUUUACUUGGUAGCAAUCCGCUAAGUAGCACCGUAAAUACAACUCGUAAACUAUUAAGUAUGAAUGGAUUUACAAGAGGUGGCGGAGAUUCAGACUAAACUAAUUUAAUAGCUGAAUAGAAAUUUUAAAAAAUUGAGCCUAUGCAUUAGUAGGACUAUAUUCUCCAUGCAGUCAAGUCGGUCAGUUCUGUUUAUCCGACCUUAAAAAAUGUAGAAGUUAAAUUGAAAAAGGAAAAGUCCAAAAAAAAAAAGAAAAGGGAAAAAAAAGGGAAUUUUUAUCAAGCAGUAUGAAAAGACUUGGCUUCGUUUUUUUCCAGAAAACUAAAGUAUAAUUACAAAAUUAUACUGUUCAUUGGUAUUAAUUCUAGUUUAUUUAUUCAUUUAUCUAUCUAUUUCAAUGUUCAAUCAAUCAAUCGUUAAAUCAUUCAAUCAAUCAUUUACCUGCUCAUUCAUUCAUCUAUCUAUCCAUCCAUUCAUUUAUUCAUUUAUUCACUUUUCUCUCUUAGCAUAAGAACGAAAUCGAGCGUUGUAUUUUACAAAUUUAGCAAAUUUGUAAUUGUUUUGCUGACUGAGAAUUGGGAGAAGCAAGUGGGUGGGCGCGUGGGAGCGAGGAAAGAGGGAAGAAGAAAGUAAAGUUACAAUUCCACAAAGACAUUCCGCUUUGCUAACAGCUAUAUAUACACGCACACACACAUACAUACAGUAUACAGUAUAUAGAGAUUAAACAACAACAUGGAUAACUUUAGUUAUUGAAUGUCGUUUAAAGGUACCAAACAACAUAAAGGUUAACAAACAAGACCAUACAGUAUAGUACAACUAAUGAAAUAAAUGUACUCAUUCAUACCAUUAUAUUUGAUUUGAUACAUAACAACCUGUCGUCCAUACUGUUCAAUUAAUACCAAUUUACUGUAUUUGUUUAAUUAUGCUUUUUAUCUUUUUUCCAAUUGUUAAAAUUUCUCUAGUCAAUGCGCUGUCUCUAUCCUGCAAUUUUCUGCGUUUUUCUAGUCUAGCGUGAUAUUAUUAACAAAAAAACAUGAAAUGCAGUCACAUUUGUCUUUUUUGAAAAUCUGAUGUUGUCAAAUGUAUACUUAUUUUUUACAGUAUAAUUUUUAUAGCAAUAAUAUUUGAUGAUGAUACACUAAAUGAUUUUGCAAAUCUGCCUAACAAAACAAACAAACAAACCAACAAAUAAUAACAACCAUAAUGAUUGUAAUAUUUGUAAUAACAACAACAACAACAACAAUGCUAUUAAUGAUAAUUGUAACUAAUCGAUUAUUAUAUAUUAUAAUAAUUUCUGUAAUAAAGAUUAAACAGUUCAGUUUGUUCGAAAGAUCCUUCAGAGUGAAAAAUGAACAAUGCACUCCCUACACAGAGAUCAUUAUUUCAGCAUGGGUUGCGCAAUAGUUGAUAAUUCUAUCCUUUCUCUUCUUUUUGUUUUGUUAAAAUUAAUAAUACUACAAUACGUUUAUAUUUACUUUUAUUAUUAUGAAAACAAUUACAAUCCAUAUUCUUUCAUUGAUUUAUUUAUUUAUUCAACUUUCGUUGGUUUGUAAUGACAUACCUGUAUAACUCAUUAUUACAUUUUCUUACAAAAUAAUUACAUCAGCCUGGCUGUUUCCAUCAAGCAAAUUUGAAAUAAUACUAGAUAACUAUUAUGUACUUGUGAUGUCAGCCAACAGGCAAAUUUACAAACAAACAAACAAACAAAUACUCAUAUGAAAUUCAUUGGCCAAAAAGUUUGUUCAAAAAAAAUGUAACAAAAGAUAGAGAGACAGAGUAACUAAGUAAUAAAUAGAUAGAUAGAUAGAUAUAUAGAUGGAUAGAUGUAUAGACAGAUAUAAAAAAAUAGAGAGAGAGAGAGAGAGAGAGAGAGAGAGCAGUAUUAGUGUAGUUGUAGUAGAUACUUGUUUCGAUUCUCAAAAUUAUUAUGUAAUCUCAUUUAAAGAAUUAAAUUUCCGCUCUCAUCCGCUGCUAGACAUUCCCCAAAUGAUAAUCGAUGGCGGGCAAUUUUUGAAAUUCCAUGAUAGUGCACAAAAGCUGCAGCGACUACAAAAACGUGAAAUAUCUGAUGACUCUGGAACCAAAUGUCAAAUUUUCCUGGCCAAAGCCGUUCUGGGAUUCGAAAAGCGUAAAUCAAAGCUCCUCCGAUAUACAGAGCGGCCAUUAGAACUAACCAACCCAUAGCGGCCACGUUUAUUGCUCGUUCAAUUCCUUCAACAAGGACGUAAUGCAUUGCAGGAAUAACUCCACUGAGGCCCAAACCAAUGAAUACUCCGGCUCUUACUGGUCUAAAUUUUGGCUGAGCAAAUUUAUCCCACAUAGAAACGACAAUACAGGCAGUACCCAAAACCAGAAUUAAGGUUAUGUACGAAAUUUUAGGAGCAGUCGUACAAUAGAAGCUGUAAUAAAGCCAAGGUACAAAUGAACCAAUGGUCAACAGAGCAAUACCGCAAUAAUCCAAUUUAUUAAAUAGCCUUCCAACAGACUCCGAAUGACAAUAGACUGUAUGAAAAAGGGUGGAAAAUAGCAUACAUAAUAUGGCACCCAUAAAGAAUGUUGAAAAGAUGGCUUUUUCUUGCCAUUGAAUUUCAAUGCUUGGUCUUGCCAAGAACGAUAUUGUUAUACCAAUAAAUGCUAUGCAGCCGAAUAAAUGCGUCCAAAUGUUUCCAGUCUCAGUAUGCACUCGAAAAACUGACUGAAAACAGGCGCGGAAAGAUUCUAACGGAGGACGGUGUCCACCGACCAGAAAAUUAUUAUCUUGUAGCCAUUUUGGAAGGUGAGAAUGGUAGACAACUCUCCAGCUUUUAUGCCAUACUCUUCUAACCAAAGUCUCCGCCUGAUCGACGGCAUUUUGAGUGUUUUUUAAAAAAGAAAUACCCUUAUCAUCUUCGUUGUCGCUAUCAGCGAACGGAGGCGGAUCUAGUAUAGACGAUACUCCCGUAGAGACGCACCGUUUCCUUAAAAAUUCACUACUCCAAUCGUAGUUGUUGUCGUCCCUUUCGUCGUCUCCGUCGGCAGAUUCACUAAGAGGAUAGCUCGAUUGUUCUUCCUCCGUAGGAGAGAGUGUAGAUUCAGUAAAAUUAGUCAUUUUCUUACUAGUAACGGUUAUUCAAUGUUCAAUGAGAGUGAAAACAACGCUUUGUAUUUUCGAUAGCCCAAAUAAAAUUUCUAGUUUUACCAGUGACAAAAAGAACAGUAGAAAACAAUAAGAAACCCAACAGCCUGAUCAGUCUAUUCUAAAAUCGUUGAGAUUAACUAUAUCUUAUUUUCUCGGUUAGCUAUUAUAUGGUUUGUAGGUAAUUUUUUAAGAGUAUACUAGUCUACGUCUAUCGUAUACUAUAUAUAAAAAACCUUAUCAUUUAUCGGUCGUAAAGGUCAAUAGGCUAAAAAGCAACUUUCCUCCCUUGAAUUACAGGUUCAAGUUCGCUUUUUUUUUCGUUGUAGGCUUACAACACUAAUUCCAUGCAAUAUACAUUACACUAUAUCUAUGACUCAUUAUCUUAUCAUUAUCGUUCAUUAAACACUUACAUAUCUUUUACUAGAAAUUGUUUAAUUAAAAUUUUUGUGCUGGGAGAGAGAGAGAGAGAGAGAGAGAAGAGAGAUGGAGUGAGAGACAUACGGAAAACGAAGGAAGUGGAUAGUUUCACGCUGGUUUUUUCUUUAUAAAAGAAAGCAGAGAAGGAAAUUGAAAAGUUUUCUUUAAAUCGUUUUAUGAAGAAGAAGCCAGAUUACUAAUUUUGUGUAAUAGUUCUGUUUUUUUUGCCUAGAAAUUCAUAGUAUUACGUCACAGACAGACUGGGAAAAAAGGGAAAUUCAAGGGGAAAAGUGAUCAAAAAGCGAAUAUAAUUAAUAAGAUGAUAUACUAUAAUUAUCACAUAAAAAGUUGGUGUGGAAAUCAAUAUCUAGGCUUCUAGGCAAUGGCGAUUUUUUAGCUUUUUCUUUCUUUUUUAGGUAAAUAUCAAACCGUAGUAUUAAUAUAUUUCAUUUAUUGACUUUCCACCCGACUUAAUCAAUCAAAGGGCAAGGAUCUUUUAAGGUAUAAAUUUGUUUAUUUCCUUCCGACGCGAACGAAAUAUUCUGUGUUUCCUUUCCCUGCAGAGACUAAAAUAUUUCUGUAUGGCUACUUAAUAAGGUAAACUGUUCGCCUAUACAAAGAAAGAGUUCUAUCGUUAUCGAAUUUAUCACACGUGAUAUACUUUUUAGAGUCAGUGAACGGGAGGUGAUGAUCGGUUCGUGUCGGUUUCCAAUAUUUUAUAACGGAAUCAACACAUCUGUAGCACGUUUAUUAAUAUUUUUUUUUAAAAAAAACUACGCACAAAACUCUACCUUCUCUAAAUUUAUUAAGAGAUAAAUAGAGAAGGCCGAUCAAUUACUUGGUUGUUGUUGGUUUGUUAAUUAGUUAAUUAAUUAAUUAGCCACUUAAUAAAAUAAAAGAAAGCGAGAUAAGAAUGGAAUUGUUGCGAGAAGUGGAAGGAAUAAGAAAAUGUUUUAAUUGAACGUUUCAGCGGCGAACGAAUUGAUAAAUAGAUUGAUUGACCGAUUGAUUGAUUGAUCUGAUUGAUCGAUAGAAUGGUUGGAUAGAAGAGAAAUACGUAAAAGAGAAGAAAACAAGUCGUACAGAUGUUGGAUAUUUAGAGUAUUAAUUGAAAAGAUUUAACCAGGCUAGAAUAAAAAUAGACGACACUCGCCAAAAGAAUUUCAUCCAAAAAAAAUAUGUAAACAGCUAUUAUACUGUAAACUUGGUAAUAUUCUACAUAAAUACUGCGCAUUUAUAUACGUUUUUAUAUGCAAAUACAAAAGGCAUCCUAUUUCAAUUGUUCUACGUCGUUAUUAUUUUUAUUGUUCCAAAACUUUCAGCUGGGAAUUUCUGUCUCUCUCUCGCUCGCUUCCCCUCAUUUUACCUUUCCCUUUAUCCUCUUUACUCUACUCCAAUUGCUUCUAAGCUGACAAGAAACGCCAUCUGGCUUACUUGAUGCUCUUUUUUUUUUCUUUUUUAUCUCUUUUUAUGUCUCUAAGCUAUUUAUUUAUACACCUAUAGUGUAUGGUUGAUUAUUGUAUAAAUAUGAUAAAAAUGUGCAUAUGUAUGCAUAUACUGU